GCUCAAUUUACGCAAAUGGAUUGAUCUUGUCAAUUUGCAGAUUGGAUGGAGAACAACAGUCCUGAAGUCGUUGAGCUUCGAUAUUAUUGUACAAUUAAGGUUCAUCGUUUAAUGUGUUUAGAACUCAAGAAAUUCAUUGGCAGAACCUCGGAAAUAUUACCAGCCAUUGAGUCUGCCCCGCCACGAUGCACAUUGGGAAUACAGGCACUGUGCACAUUAAAAAUUGCAAUGGAUAAAGCAAAAUUACUUAUACAGCACUGCUCAGAGUCUAGUAAACUCUACCUGAUAUCUGGAAUUGCCCGUGAUCUUAAGCGCACAAAGUUUCCCCUUGCACCUGCUGAAGAAGAGGCUGGGAAGGUUAUAUUAGGACUACUUCGACAAGCAAUUCCUGUGUCCAAUUCUGUAAAUGAUUUAGAACUCGAGGCUGUUCAACUUGCAGCUUCGACACUAAAAAUUACAUUCCCUUCUGCAGUUUUGAUAGAGAAAAGAUCUAUUAAGCGUUUGCUUGAUAAAGCCACUGACACAGACCCUAAGAAAAAAAUCUUGAAGUGGUUGUUCUAUCUUUUGAGGAAAUAUGGAGAAAUAAUUGGACGAAACCAGGAUGAUGACAGCCAUAUGCAGCGUGAUGAGACUCGAGCCAAUGACUUUGGUACACCCGAACCUCCCAAGGAGUUCAAAUGUCCCAUCUCUAUGCAGGUGAUGCAUGAUCCAAUGAUUAUUGCUUCUGGGAUGACGUUUGAACGAUUUUGGAUGGAGCAGUGGUUUAAUGAGGGUAACCAGACAUGCCCUAUAACUCAUAUGAAGCUUGACAACUUGUUCAUGGCUCCAAACUCUAUUCUGAAAGAACUCAUUGACGCUUGGUCUUCCCAGCAGGGGAUUACUAUUCCUGACCCAUAUUUAGAACCAAACAUUUCCUCUCUUUUCUCCCAGGAUUCUUCUGUUUCCAGUUCCAUUGCCAGCUUUCCUAGUUCUGUGAAUAACUUGAACCUUCAUCUUAGUGCUGUGUCCAUACGCUCUUCAGGGACUGAUGAUGUUUCAGAAAUUUUAGAUGAUUUUAGUGAAAGCAGAUUAAGUUGUAGGCAUGGACAGAAGAAUGCAGUUUCUGAAAAACUUAACCACCCUAUAGAGACCUAUGGAAACAUGUUGGCUUCUCUUUCCAGACUUGCUGCACUUUCAUGGGGAUCACAGUGCAAGACAGUUAGAGAUGUGAACAAAACACUUCAGGAAAAUAAACACGCAUGUCAUACUUCAAUUUCCAACAGUUGUGUCGAACCUUUGAUUGCUUUUUUGAAGGAUGCACAUGAAUUAACUGAUGUAAAAGAACAGAGAGAUGGAGCAGAGGUGCUGUUGGCGAUUUUGCGAAAUAACAGCAGUGAAAUGCUACUGUUUGAUAAAGAUGGGAUUUACAUGUUGGCAUCGUAUAUUGAAACUGAAAUCACUGGAGAAGUCCUUAGUAUCAUAGAGGUUUUGUCUUCCCAACCUGAAUACAAGUCUAUGAUAGUGGCAUCUGGUGUUCUUCCUUCCAUUCUUAAAGUCCUCAAUACCAAGACUAUGGACUUUCAUAGUAUUGCAAUGAAGAUACUGUGUAAUUUGUCCUGCAAUUGUGAUAUUGGAUACCAUAUGGUGUAUUUGGACUGCAUUCCAAAGCUGAUUCAGUUAUUGGGUGAUCCAGAUCUGGCCUGGUUUUGCAUUGAGAUCAUUAGGAACCUAUGCAGUAUAGAGGAGGUUAGGAUUGCAGUAGCUGAAACCAGCUCAUGCAUCAGUAACAUUUCCCAAAUACUCGAAACUGGAACAAAGGAGGAACAAGAACAUGCUGCAGGUGUUCUUCUUUUUGUAUGUCGUGAGCAUGCUGAUUUCUGUCAACUGGUCAUGAGAGACACCAUCUUACAAUCUUUAGUUGAUUUGUCUCUCAAUGGGAAUUCCAGAGGUCAAAUAAUUGCCUCUGAAUUGCUCCACCUCUUGGAACAUGUCAAAGAUGAUCCCGCGGAGUGUUCAAUUCCUGAAACUGAUCUGGCCCUGCUCGACAUCUCAAGCUCCUCCAGUAGCCAGUAUGAAGAUAAGAAACUGCCUUUCAGGGCUUUUCGGUUCUUCAGAAAGAUUUUAUCACUAUAUUUGUAACGCCUUGUACCCAGGAAGGGUCGAAAAGUUAGCCCCUAUUACUGUAAGGUCCUUGAUAGAACCUACUGCAACCCAACACAAGAACGCACGCAGGAAGAAACUACAAUCACCCACAGAAAGUAAAACACUCAAUAAUGUAUGAACAAGAUUCCAUUGCAAAUCUUGUAGAGAAUCUUCGAGGGAUCUUCAACCUCCAUCCUGCCAAAAUGUUCAAGAACCAUGCAUGGUCACUUAUGCUUUUAUAUAUUUGCAGAAGUGAAGUAAGAAAUAUCAAA